AUGAAUCCGCAAAAAGAUAAGGGGUAUUUUCCGGACGGCCGGAGAAAAAUCCACUACGUGCUGGUAACUCACGAGGAGAACCUUCCGAAAUUAAAGCAGUUUCUCAACAACCUUCGACGGAAAGAUAUCGAUAUCGAAAUCACUCUCGGGAGGAACCUUUAUUACUUGCUAUUUAUACUGCUGCAUCUGCCGGAAAAAGUGCACAAAUCCUAUGCCGAGAUGUACGAUGUUCAGCGAGAAGUGGUUCGAACCAAAUUCGAAGAUCUCCACAUACUGAAAAGUUACCACUUUAAGAAACUACCGCCUCUUCUUAAUCCCGCUCCGAGUGGAGCGUUAACGAAUUCCCAAUGCAUUACGAUUCUGUAUCAAAUUCUGGAAUCGACGGAAUUCGGCGACGGUGCGUUCGAUUACAGUUUAACGAAACUCGCCGAAAAAGAUAUCAUAACAGAUUCGUAUCCUCUGCACGACGGCCCUUUGAAUUACCAUUUCGACGAGUUCGAUAGAAUGUCGAUAUCUUCGUACAACGAUAGGGAACUUCUUUAUCGCUAUUGGGCGUCGUUUCGAGUAUGGAAAUACGAGGUUCCUUUGGAUUUGAUAAAGAAAUAUUACGGUCCCGAGAUGGCUUUUUACUUUCACUGGCUCGAGUAUUUGAUACUAAUGUUAUGCCCUAUGGCCGUGUUAGGAACAGUUGUAUUUCUAAUUAGCAUCAUCCUGGUUCGAACUAAGGACGUUCACAAUAUCGAGGAAGUUUGUACCAGUACAGUGGAUUUGUGUCCGAAAUGCUUGUUGAAAAUAUUAUGCUACUUCAAGCCGUUAAAAGAGUACUGCAGCUUAUUCAUGUGGACGUACAUUUUCGAUAAUUACUUAACUGUCAUCUUUGCAGUGUUGAUAUCGUUUUGGGGUACAUUUUUUACCAACAUCUGGAUAAGAAGGACGAAUGAGUUAAAAAUAAGAUGGGAUAUUCAAGAGGAGGGCUACGAUUUAAAUAUCAGGCGAGAAUACGCAGAGAAUGUGAAAAGGUAUCGAGAGGAUGAUGUUACUGGUGAAUUGGAGCCUUGCAUGCACCCGAUAGAAACGGCUUUACGAUACCUAGUUGUUACCAUAAUUGGGUUUUUUGUAUGCCUAACUGAUUUAGCUGUGGUAUACGGAUUGUUCUAUUUCGAAUUGACGUUGAAGAUUUUUAUCGUAUUGAGUCCGAUACACUUUUCGAAAAACGAAAAAAGGGGCGUCAUAAUACUGACGUCUAGUCUGCUUCUUAUCGUCGCUAUUAAAAUAAAAUCUAAGAUGAUUCCGAAUAUAUCGAGAUGGUUAACCGAUUUUUCAAUGCACAAGACACAGCAGUGCUAUGAAAGAGCUUUGUUAUAUACAAUUUAUCUGCUAUCGUUUAGUAAUAAUUACGCGGUGCUUUUUUACACAGCAUUUGUUAAGGGAUCAUUUAACACUAGUCCCAAAUCUACAGUAUCGACCACCAUAAUGCGAGAUUCCUGCCAACCUCUCCCUUGCAUUCUCGAUCUGGCCAGUAAAAUAUUUUUCGUACUAAUUUUUCGAAGGCUGUUAUUGAACAUUUUAAUGGUGCUACUAUCUAUUAUAUUCCGUUUAUUUAAGAACCGUUUUCAAACCGUCGCCGAGGUUGUAGGACAGUACGAGGACGAGUACUGGUUGAAUCAAUCCUCUAAAGGCGGACUAAAUAUGAAAUAUAAUGAACUAGUCAUUCAAUAUGGUUUGGUGACGUUUUUCGGAGCUGCCUUUCCUUUGGCUCCGGUGUUUGUUCUAUUGGAUAAUCUAAUAGAAUUGCGUUUGAGCGCUUCGGCUUUGGUAAAGAAUACAAGGAGACCGGUCCCGAAGGAAAUACCUGGCAUGACGCAAUGGCAGAAGAUUUUAAUGGGCCUUAUUUAUUUUAACACGGCAGUGAAUGCGUUAGUUAUAGCAUUUUCUACUAUGUUUGUAAGCAGAGAAGUUUAUUCGCAUAAGAAUAGUAAUAGCUUGGAGGGAUUCGUUUAUAAUUACACACUGUCGGCAUUUCUAACGAAGGAUAGUAAGAUAUACGAAACUAUAGAAGGUAAACCGGAAUAUUGUUACUACUUGGGUAUGCGAGAACCUCCAAAUAAUCCGAAUAAAUAUAGACUUACAUCCGAAUUUUGGGAGGAUUUCACAUGGAAGAUGGUUUUUGUUGUUUGCUUUGAGGUGAGAGUAUCAAAUUAUUUUCCUAAUAUUUUUAUCUUCUCCACAACUGACCAGAUUAAAAACAGUAUGGUGAGUUGCCUACCCAUCAGGCGCAAUGAUUAAAUUAUUUAUUAAUGUUUUUGAUUUUGUUUUUAGCACGUAAUAUUAAUACUAAAUUCGCUCCUGUCUUUCGUAAUUCGCGAUGUACCGCAGAUUCUGAAAGAUUACUUAAUUAA